AUGGAAGGUUCGAUAUCCAUUAGUACCUUGCUUUGGUAUUUAAAUAUUUUUAUUUUCAGAUUCGAAUGUAAUAUAUGUUUGGAUGUUGCUCGGGAUGCAGUCGUUUCAAUGUGCGGCCAUUUAUUCUGUUGGCCGUGUCUUCAUCAAUGGCUUGAUACUCGUCCCAUUAGGCAACUUUGUCCUGUCUGUAAAUCAGCUAUAAGUAGAGAUAAGGUGAUACCAUUAUACGGCCGAGGAGGAAAUGAAACAGAUCCGCGUGAAAAAGUGCCACCAAGGCCCCGAGGGCAACGAACCGAAGCACCACAAGGAGGUUUUCAAGGAUUUCCUGGUUUCCAAUGGGGUGGAGAUAAUGGUGGAGGCGGUGUACAAUUUUCGAUGGGUAUAGGAGUUUUCCCCAUCUCUUUCUUCGCUUCAUUUUUCAAUGCUGGCUUUGGUGAGCGGAGACCAGAUGCUCCUGCUGCUGGGAUGCGUCCAGCGGAAGACGAACAAUUUUUAUCGAAUAUUUUUAUUUAUCUCGGAAUAUUCUUUGUCGUUUGGCUUCUUUUAUUUUAA